GAUGAAUCCAAACCGUGCAUUGCCCCAGUCGAAGGAAGCGUUAUUGAAAUCCUAUCAAGUGCGACUGAAAGAUGACGUGAAAAGCAUGUUGGAAAACUAUGAAGAAAUUAUUAAACUGGCCAGAGGUGAAGGCGACUCGCAAAUAUCGAAAACCACACAAUGUGAGCAGGAUACGUAUGAAAUGCAAGUCCGUGCAGCCAACAUAGUGCGUGCUGGCGAAUCGCUUAUGAAACUGGUUUCAGAUAUUAAACAGUACUUGAUUUUAAACGAUUUCCAUUCCGUUAAUGAGGCUAUUGCAAACAACUCGCAGCUAUUUCGCGCCACACAAAGGGAUUGCGAUAAAAAAUUGAUGAAAUUACGUGAUGAGAUGGCAAUGGACUUGUAUGAUCUAGAAGAGGAAUACUAUACCAGUAUAUUCAAAUAAUA